GGAAAAAUCGCAACAAAGUCGGCAUAGCAGCGCACAACAGCGGCUGGUAGUGCAGUUCCGGACUGAUUUUGACAUUUCAUUUAUUCGAAGAAAAUAAAAGAAAUUUUCACGCGAAAAAAUCAAAAUCUUUCAAUUGAGUUCAGCAAUUAAUUGCCCAAUCAAUUAAUUGAUCAUUGAUAUCAUCCACUUGCGUAUCGGAAAUCGCUAUAGAUAUGGAUCAAAGUGCAAAAAGUGAUAAAAAAUAAGCUGAAACCUUGAAGGAGCAGCUGCAUCCGUAAGUGCAAAGUAGAAAAAAAUACAUAAGUGAAGAAAACGCAGCAACGUACGGGAAAAUGUGUAGCAAGUAAAGGCCACACAAUAAAAAAGUUAGUGCUGAAAUUUUUUCCAGGCAAUGAAGUGAAAACUGCAAAAAAUAAGGAAGCAAGUGGCGAAGUAGUACUUAUGAAAGGUUCACCUUACAUUAGAGUGCAGUUGGGGCAAACCAAAUUUUUGAUUGUGGAAAAAAAACGUAAGCGGUGGGUGGUCAGCCGUUGGAAUUUCGAUUGCAGUUAAAAAAUCACAUACGCUUCAUGUUUCCAUUGUACAGCAAAAAAACUACAUUGCAAUUGCGCGUUUAACGCAUUCCAUUUUUGCCCGUGAAAACUUCAAGGUAAGCCCAAUCACUUCACUGAGUACUCGUCCUCGACACCAGCAUCGUGUUGUGCCUCUUUGCAACGUCGUCAAUCAGAUCCCACAACCCGUACCAGUCCCGAAACCCUGCCGGCGCUGCGCACCUUUGUCGUAACCACACGUUCAGAGAACACUACGUCGUACCAGCAUCAGAUUACCCAUCCCAUUCACAGCCAUCGCACGCUUUCGCAUGUACGUGUGUAUAUUGUUUUGCACGCGCAAGGUGUACGCCGCUGUCGCCGCCACUGCACUUUGGCAGCAGGCUGUAUAGGAGAUGUCUGUUAGCUUGCCAUGGGUUCACAAACCUUAGAGAUAUUACGCCAGGGCGUGUGGGCCUCGCUGACCGGUGGCUGGUUCUACGAUCCGCAUCAGGGCGUCUUCUGUAAUGUAGUCCACCUCUAUUUAUGGCUAUAUCUGCUGUGCUCACCAUUUGUCGCCUAUUUGUAUUUCCCAAGUACUUUGCUAACAUGGUGUAUUUACUGUGCGCUCACAAGCCUCACCAUAUUGUUGGUGAAGCUGGCCAAUAUGGCGCUGCAUCGACUCUACGAUCGGGCGCAAACCAUGUCGGAGGCGAAUCUCAAGAAUCCAUUUUUCAAAAUAACCAAGGAAACUGAAACGCGUGAGAAUGAGACGGGCAUCGAAAUGAAAGUUAUGCGCAACGAUGGCUCACGCAAUUCUGUGGAGCAGGCCAUCAACGAGGCCAGUGAAGAGAACAGCAUGAUGUCAAUGGAGAAUGUGAAUAGCAUAAUUGACCUCAAAGUGGACGUACAUCGCAAAAACAGCUCCGAGUCCAUCGAAAUGUUAUUCUAUCCCCCCUCCGUCAUAUCUGGCAACAGCCAGCAAGAUCAACAAUCUCUCGCCGGUUCGCUGAGUGUUACAAAAUCCAUACGUUCCACGAAUGCUCCUGCCGCCGGCGGCCUCAGCGUCUAUCCGGAGCACGAAAGCGAACAUUUGAACGCUUGCAUCAGCGACGCGACCGCACACCACAGCAGCGCUGCCGCUCCCGGCAGUACCAGCAACAUCACCACCACACGCCACUUGCCACACCUACUACGCAAAUCAUCGGAAGAAUUUAAACGCCGCCAUCAGCGUCGUCGACUCGAACGUCAGGGUAGCCUAGACGCGGGCGCCGAAUCGUGCAUUGCUACGAAACUUAUUCGCAAUCAGUCUGAUACUAUUGCAACAAGUGUUGCCACAGCGCGCAACGAAACCUUCCUGCAUCCACAAAGUGGCCAAACAGCUACAGCUGCCGGUGUGGUGGGCAAAUCAGCAUCAGCAACAAAAAUGUCUACUGCUGCUGUCGCACAUCGAACUGCCACAACGAACUUUUCUACCACAGCAACGCUGACGCUCACCACCACAAACGCAACUUCAGCUAUCCCAACAACGAAUAUGUCGAGUUCCUCGGGCGGCGCCAUGUUGCCAUCUGCCCAUAAAAAUACACGGUUGCAGCGUCACCGCAGCUCUGAGACACAUGACGAACGCGUCAAGCAACAAAAUCGCCUCUUCCUGCCCAUUCACCACGAACAUCAGCCGCAUCACGCGUCCAGUGGCGCGAGUAGUAGCAGUGCGCUGGCUGGAAUAGGCGGCGGUGAUAUACUGGACGAUGAUGAACUGGACUUAAGUGGACUAGGCGGCAGCGCAACUGGCGUGUCGGGACAUAUGGAUACGCGUGUGCGCGCGCUGCAGUCCUGGAUAUUGGGCUCCUCCUCUGAUGUCUACAUUGAAGACGACAGCUACACGAAGUCUGAUUUCGGUAUAGAACAACUCGACUGCCGCAACGAUAACCGCGCCGCCUUCUUACUGCAGCAACAACAGCCCUUCAACUCGCAUUAUCCACAUCAUCAGCCGCAGUUCUACCGCGCGCCACAUCACCACCACCAUCAUCAUCACCACGGAGUCGCCAACAUACGCAAAGACUCAAGCAGCACCAUGUCGGCGCUCCAGCUACCCGUCGGCAAUGCCAAGUCGGGAGCGGGCGGCAGCGGAGGCAGCGGCAGCGGCAUGAAAAGACGACGACAUUCCAACGCGACUACCCUGUACAAAAGUGGCGCAGGUAGUGGUGGGGGUGCUCCGAAUCAUACGCUAUCCGGCGUUUUAGCCGCCGCGGCGCUUUCUUCGGGUCAGCAGCCGACGGUGCGUCGAAUUAAAAGUGCCGCACUCGAAAUCUCCUGCCCGCGCCCCUCCGUAUCGAACCUAAGCCCACACCCGAACAGCGUGGAGGCGAUAAAUGGAGAGCAAAUGAUAAAGAACCCGCAGUCGGCACUCUUGCCGCCGCCCAGCAAGUGUUUGGUGCGCAACCCGCAUUUGAAUCUGUGUCCAAAAUUCGGCGGCAGCUUUGGUGGCGCCAGCAGCAGCAGCGGUGGCAGUAGCAGUUUAAAUUUCGGCACAAGCGGUUCUACCACGGCGCUCAUUGAGCCGGUGUCGCCUAUCGUAGAGCAGUCGGACGAGCGCGCCUCGUCGCUAGAUGUGGAGCCCCAACGCAGUGAGUGCGCGCUGGAGCUCAACGAUGCCGAGCUGGUUGAAUGUGGUGGCCUUGAAAAUGAGGAGGACGAGGACGAGGCAGACAUUGAGGAUGGUCAUGAGGAAAACGAGGGCAUAGAGCUGGACGAUGACAACGUCGAUGACGUGGUGGACGAUGUACCAAUACGUCACAGACGCAAAGCGUUGGGCUGUCAUCAUCACAGCGCAGAGUCUGACGUCGGAAAUAUACUGGCAGAUGAUGAUGACGAUGAGGUAGAUAACGACGAGGAUGACGAGUUCAAGGACUUCGAUGACGACUUGGAGCACGCGCUCAGCAUAGAAAUAAAACCUUCAGUUUGCGAAGCGCAGCCUGUAAACCAGCCAAAGACGGAUUUUACUGACGACUUCGAUCACAUACUCAACGGCCUGGAGCAAAUCCAGCAGGAUUUGAAACGCUCUGCGGCGGAGAACAACCGGAAGGCACAUGUCUAUGCGCCCGACAGCGAGGACGACAUCGAUGAGCCUGCGACAAAGCAGCGGCAGCCAGUGCGUUCACCACCCUCACGCGCUGCCGUCACACAUACGCAGGACGAUGAAAAGCCGUCAACCUCGCAGUCCUUACGUCAACGCCUACAUUCCACUGAUUCGGAGACGGACAACAACGGCUCACGCUCGCCGCUGCUCAGUGGUAAAUCCUGGCAGCAAACUAAUGCCAAAGUCAAGGCUGCUGAGCAGGACAUGUACAUGGAAAUAGCGGCGCUGCAGAAGCACAAAAAUUUGGCUAGUCAACACGUCAGUGUAGGAAUCGGCGCCCCUCAACACGCUUACGGGAUGCGGCCGCAGCAUGCCGCGCGCGGCGAAGGCGAUUCCGGCUGCCCAUCUAGCGACUGUGAGCAAGUGAGCGCCAGCUCGAAGGACAUGCUGCUCUCGGGCAUGGAGGCGGCAGUAAGCGUCACAUCGCCGAAGGUGAAGGUGGACGCGCUAAAGACGAAGAAAGAUCUGGAAGAAGGCCUGGAGUGCGGCAGAAAGCAGACUCCAAACAUAGGAGGGGGCACCGGCAAUGGGAAAAAUCUGGGUGCAAUACCAAAGGUCGUAAAAUAUCGCGAGGUGAACGAGACAAUGCAUGGCAGCAGUGGCGGCUCUCAACUUCACAAACGUCGAGUCGGCAGUGGCGGCGGUGCCUCUACGAGCACAGAAAUGUCGCUGGUGCCAUUCAAUUCGCAGCAUAGCACCACUUCAAAAGCGGCCUCGCGCACCUCAUCCUCUACGUCGUCGCGCAGCAUCAGUGCCGACUCGUUCUCGGCGGACAUUCACAAAAUGCUCUGGCUGAUGACCGAACACGGCCGCUCUGAGGGCGCACAGCAGGGCAUAACUCCGGCUAUCGGAGGCAUAGCAGGCGCGUCAAACACAAGCGCAAUCGGCAUCGGUGCUACCGCGCCCGGCAACAUGUCCAGCGCGCACUUCCAGUUCUACCAGGACGCAAUACAGGCGCUCAAUACUUACCCUGCCACCUCCACAGACGGCCUCUCGGUGGCGGACCGCACGUACUAUCGCGACAAGGUGCGGCGCAACUCGAAGCAAAUAUCAGAGCCUGGCAACUCCUCUAUCGGCGACUACUCGCACGCGCAUGAACUGCAAUCGGCACAGCUGAGCAGCCAAUCAGGCGCAACGACGGCGCCCAUUCGCAAUCUGCACCCGCCGCUCGGAGUCGUGGUCGCUUCGUCAUCAUUAAACGCGCGCACUGUCUACAACGGUGCGGGACUCUCCAUACAAGGGCUCAUCAACGUACUAAACGAUGAGGGCCAACAGCGAUCAUCGCAGGGGCGCUCGGGCAGUGGCAGCAACACCACUGGAGCAGGCGCGGCCAUACUCAACAUGGAUGGGCAUCACAUUGAAAGCUACUGCGACUACUGGCGCCCCGCCUGCAUGCUAUCGACCGAAAAGCCGGUGGCGCCGAAGAGCUACUACAAGUACCGCUUCAAAUGUUGCGGCUACGAGCACGAAUUCAAAAUCUCAAUGGACCGCCUGGAGCUGCUGGCGCUCUUCGACCGCGAUCUGCACUGGCUGCACAUAGUGUUGGCGGUGUUGUUGUGCGCGGCGGUCGCCUACCUCGGCGCCACCAUACUCCAACUGGGCUACUACAAGGACCUGUGUGCCUUUCUCUUCUGUGCCGUCAUAGCGAGCGCGCAGUACUCAUUGGUGAAGAGCGUUCAGCCAGACGCGGCGUCGCCCAUACACGGCUUCAACAAGACGGUGGCCUACUCGCGCGCCAUCUACUUCUGCAUUUGUAGUGGGAUACUGUUGCUUUGCGAGCGGCUCAAGCGUGAGUACGAGCAGCAGCGCGCACCGCCGGAAGAGUUGAGCUUUUUCGGUAUCCGCUAUUCGCCGCUGUUGUUGACCGCAGCUGUACUUCAAAUAAUGUACGUCUUCCUACUAUGCUUCCCGAUAAUCUUCUCGCUGGGGCUGUGUCCGCAGAUAAACACGUUUCUGAUGUAUCUGCUGGAGCAAAUUGACAUGCACGUCUUCGGCGGCAAUGCCGCUGGCAGUCUCUUAGGCUCAUUUCUCUGCGUACUGCGCUCCAUUCUUGGCGUCAUGCUGCUCUACGGACCACUGUACAGCGCGCUGGCCGAGGGUCGCGGCACCCAAUUCAUUGUUUUCUCCCUAUUCUGCGCCAUACUCGUGCCGCUGGGCUACCACCUUUCGCGAUCCGCCAGCGACUUCAGCCACCUGUGGGCGCUCAUUAAGAACUGCAUUGUCAGCACCUACCACGAUGACGACGAUGACGAUGAGCUGAGCGCCGCUACCAUUAAUGGCAGCGUAGCGAGUAGCCAAAAACUCACCACAAACACCACGCUCAAAGGACGCACGAAAAGCACGAGCGCGCGCCAGGAACAAAUUGAAAUGUCGGCGAUAGACGAUAAGAUGGCGGCUGAAGGUAGUGAGCGCGCAGAGAUCGAUCGCACAAAUCUCGAAAUAGAGCGCAAGAGCAGCAAAUCGAAGGCGUCUUCGCUGGCGAGCAGCAGUCAAACGCUUGCAAAAACCCUGUCUAGCAACAAAAAGGGCAUGACCACUUCGAACUCUUAUAUCUCAGUGGCGAAUGGUAGCGCGACCGGCAUGGAAAGCGCACAUAAUGGCGCAACGUGUACAGAAAAUGCAAGCGGUGUGCAAUUACUGGAAAAUGAGAAUCUGGAUUUAGGAACGGAGACCGCUGCAACUACGCCUACCAACGCGCCUAUUGGCCCCGGCGGUUCCAAGGAACGACUGCAGCAGCACACACUAACAACUUCAGUGGAGGCCCCUCCAACACAGCCAGCACAGGUUGCCAUUUCAUCCACAGCCGACAUGGAGGCUGAGGAGAUCGCACCCCCAGCAGCUGAUGAGGAUGACAAAAUGUCCAGCUCUUCGACCACCAAUCCGGGCGACAUGUCCACACUCACCGCUGGUGGCGUGUGCGCCGACGUGGAUACGGGCGCCUUGGCAGCCAGCGCCGCCAAUGCGAGCGGUGCAGACAAUGAUAGCGAUUCGCCCGAUCCACUACCCAAGAAGCUGCAGGCUACCGUGAAUAUGCGCCUCAAGAACGAUCUGGUGGUGACAACGCUGCUAGCGGCCAUCGUCUUCGGCCUGCAUUGCAGUACCGUCUUCACAGUGCUGCAGCCUGAUCUCAACAUUGUGCUGUAUGCGUUCACAGGCGGCCUGGGCCUGCUGCUGCACUACAUCAUCCCGCAGAUGCGCAAACAUAUGCCAUGGCUAUGCUUCGCGCGCCCCAUACUGCGGCAGAAGGAGUACGGCCAGUUCGAGGUAUCGCACGCGCCGAAGGUGAUGUGGUUUGAGAAAGUGUACAUCUACCUGUGCAUGCUGGAGCGGAAUGUAAUGUUUCCGUUGCUGGCUAUCUCGGCGGUGACUGCGGACGCCCAGAUCGUUGUCAACAAAUUCGGCAUUGCUUGGGGCACGCUAGUGGUGGCGGUUUGUGCUCUGAAACUGAUGCGCAACGCUUAUUCGGAUCCCACAAACCAGUAUCUGAUUGUGAUAUUCACCGUGUUGUUCUUUCGGUACGAUUUUGCCUUUGCAAGCGAAACGUUCCUGAUCGAUUACUUCUUUAUGUCGCUAGCCUUCCGCAAGUGCUGUGAUUUUCUGCUAAAGCUACAAUUCAUCGUUACCUACAUCGCGCCCUGGCAAAUAACCUGGGGCUCGGCCUUCCACGCUUUCGCCCAGCCAUUCAGCGUUCCACACUCUGCCAUGCUCUUCCUGCAGGCCGGCGUCUCGGCCAUACUCUCCACGCCACUCAAUCCCUUCCUCGGCAGCGCCAUCUUUCUCACCUCCUACGUGCGUCCGAUCAAAUUCUGGGAGCGCGACUACAACACUCGCCGCAUCGAUCAUUCCAAUACGCGCUUGAGCUCACAGCUGGAGCGCGAUUUGGGCGCGGACGAUAACAACUUGAACAGCAUUUUUUAUGAGCAUUUGACGCGCUCACUACAGCACUCGCUGUGCGGCGAUCUGCUAAUGGGUCGUUGGGGCAAUGUCAAUCAAGGCGACUGUUUCGUACUCGCCUCGGACUACCUUAACUGCCUGGUGCACAUUAUCGAGCUGGGCAAUGGGCUGUGUACCUUUCAAAUGCGCGGCUUGGAAUUUCGUGGCACAUACUGUCAGCAGCGUGAGGUGGAGGCUAUCACGGAGGAUGUGGAGGACAACGACGGAUGCUGCUGCUGUGAUCCAGGUCACUUGCCGCGCAUGCUGAGCGUGAAUGCGAUGUUCUCCACACGCUGGCUGGCCUGGCAGGUGGUGGCGGCGCAGUAUGUGCUGGAGGGCUACUCGAUAUCGGAUAACUUGGCGAGCGCUACGCUGCAGGUCUUUGAAUACCGUAAGGUGCUCAUCACCUACUACAUAAAGAGCAUCAUUUACUACGUCAUCAAGAAUCCCAAGCUCGAGCAGUGGCUUGCCUCAGCGCCCAUCCAGGAGGCUCUGCAGCACACACUUAGCCGCCAGUUUGUCGAUCUCGAUCCCAUUUUUAACUACAAUCUCGAUGAGGACUUCGAUUUCCGCGCUGUUGGCAUCACGCGCUCCAGCUUCUGCUACGUCUACCUCAGCUGGAUCAACUACUGCUACGACAAGCGCAAAGAAAAUCUGAACCCCACAGUGCCCGCAGCCUCUGCGCCCAAUACCGCCAGCACAGCGGCCAGCGCGCCGCCACCGCCUCACACGCCUACUAACAACACCAGCAACGCCUACAAUGACUCGAAGAGCACUCCCAAUCUCUCCACCACCGCCACAACCACUGCAAUCAAGUCACAGUCACAACAGCAGCUGCGCACGCGCCCGCAGAAGAGCGCAACCAUGAGCGGCAGCACAACGAUCAACUCGUCGGAACAUAUCGCCAUCUCGCCGUCUUUCGCCAACAUUUCGCGGCAGACGUCGGAGUCAGCGCCGGGUCUGAGUGGCGCAGGCCUCUCAAUCGGAAGCGGUGGUGGCGGCGGCUACAUGUCAGCCGGUGGCACGCAUGCGCCGCUCGACAAUAGCUUUGCCAAUAGUGCCGCGACAGUGGGCGCCAGCAUCUCAGCGGCGGCGAAGAUGCCCACCUUGGGCCAACAGAUGCGUGGCAAGGGAGGCACUGGCGCCGCACCGUUAAAAACACUGCGCAAGGAGGCGUCGCCCACGGCUAGUGCGGCUGCGGCAACUGCGUUUAACGUGUCCAAUGGCGGCACAGAGCGCGCUGCUUCGGAGGAGCCCAAUCGGCCGUUACUGAAGCUGAAAGUACCAAGCGUAACGAAGGACUCGCCAAUAGUUUCACUUUGUUUGGCUUUGGGGUUGCUGGCGCGGCGAUCGCUGGCCAACGCGUCGCACAGUUCUCUCACCGGCGUGGAAUUCUUCUUGCAUGGCCUGCACCAGCUAUUUAAGGGCGACUUUCGCAUUCAAUCGCCGCGCGAUGAGUGGGUUUUCGCCGACAUGGAACUGCUGCAUGCCGUUGUGGCGCCCGCGGUAAAGAUGGCGCUAAAGCUGCAGCAAGACCACAUUUCGAACCCAGAUGAGUUUCACUACCCGGACGCUCUGUACGAGGCGAUUGACACCUGUGCCAAGGAUUUGGUGAUAUCGCACGAGGCGGAUCCGGUUUGGCGGAGCGCGGUGCUUAGAGGCGCGCCCAACUUGCUCGCAUUGCGACAUGUCAUGGAGGAUGGCUCUGACGAGUACCGCAUCAUCAGGCUGACGAAACGCUUCCUUAGCUUCCGCGUCAUCAAGCUGAAUCGCGAGUGCGUGCGCGGCCUCUGGGCGGGGCAGCAGCAGGAGCUCAUAUAUCUGCGCAACCGCAAUCCUGAACGAGGCAGCAUACAAAACGCCAAGCAAGCGCUGCGGAACAUCAUCAACUCCAGCUGUGAUCAGCCCAUCGGCUACCCCAUUUACGUUUCGCCGCUCACGACCUCCUACGCCGAUACGAAUGAGCAGCUCUGCAAGGUCAUCGGCGGCGCUAUCACACUCGAAUCCAUCAAAUCGAACGUGCUGGAUUGGUGGCAGCGAAUACGCGAGCGCUGUCGGCAAGGUUGUAGCUCUGGCUCGGCGAUGGAGACUUCCAACCUUGGCAUCGGUGCCGCCGGCGGCAUGGGUAGCGCAACAGUUGGCAGCGGGGAGUCUGGUGGUGAUAUUGCACCCAUUUACAUCUCAGCGCCACUCUACAACACCCUUACAGUGGGCAGCCUCUUUAGCUGUCGGCCAGUGCACGGCGUCACAGUGCCCACUAGCAUAGGUGGCAGUCUCGGCACGCAGUUCGGCAGUGAUGGCGCGGUGGUGACGCCACUGUGGCGCUGUCCCGUGGUGACUGCAAAGCCUGCGCUGCUCGCUGGACUGCUGAAUCGAGAACGCGAGCAAGAGCACGAACGCGAGCGCGAACAGUUGCGCGGUGUAGGCAUACGCGUAUCGCAUUCGUUAUCGCGUACUGAACGCGAACGCCGUGUAACACUGCCAAUAGCCAGCACCAGUAGCGGUGGCGGUGGCGCAAGUGUAGCUGAAGCCAACAACAGUCCAGCAACGACCACAACGAAAUCGGCCGAAUCGGCGCGGCAGCUGGAGCCACAUGCUGGCAUCAGUGGCAUGGAGUUGCAGCCUGGGAGUAGCAGUCCACGGUACACAAAGAUAUCAAGCUCCUCGGGCAGCCUCGGCAUUGGCAGCAUCAUAACGACGCCCGGUGACUAUCCACGCAAAUCAAAGGGGCCAAUCAGUCUGACAGCAGCAGCGGCGCUGGCUGCUAACGAGCGCAGCGGUGUGCCAGAGAUGUGCGGCAAGUCGAACAGCGCCGACAUGGUGGCUUCGCUGGCGGCUGCGGGUCACGUGCCGCGCAUCGGGCUCUACAAGAAAGUCGUCAUCAUCGAUGACUUUGAGAUCUUCGACCGCAUUGACGUCGGCCGGCGUUUCAACAUGUUUUGGCCCAGCGAAGAAAUGCGCGCAAAAGGUGGUCGCUCGGCCUGGAAAGAUUGGCUGCCCUGUAUCGGCAUGGUUGGUUAUGUGGUGCACUUCUGGAUGCCCGGUCAUCGCGAUCUGCUUUUCCGUUCGCCCUUCAGCCGCGUGGUCUACCUGGUCGCCAUGAAUGGCUACUAUGUACCAGUCGGUGAGUUCGGCAUACGCGAAUACGAUCCCGUACGCGACGGUGAUGACGGACUGAGCGAAGAGGAGGAAAUGGCCACUGCUGCGGCGGGUGUGCUGGUCGCGAUGCGCGCGGUAAAUGCGCGUCGCAGCUCCAUGCAGCAAGAGUUGCACGAAUUUGAUGAAUUGCAGCAGGAGCGCGAGCGCGGGCGUGGCGAAGGACUCACUCCCAUACUGGGCAGCAGCCUCGAAUCGCCCACCUCGCAUCUGAUGGGCAGCAGCGUACUAAGUGGUGCGGGAGCAGAUGUGGACACGUACACGGACGACGACGCAAAGGCUGUCGCAGCGGAGGAAAACUGCGCAGCUAACACAGAAAUAGCGAGCGUUAGUGGUAUAGGAGCCAUGCCGGCGGGUAUGAGUACCGCGCAUGUGCAGAUGCGCGCGGUGAGCAGCAGCAGCUCCGAAGACGAAGCUGAACUGCUAGUCUAUGAAAUGCAGCGACGUGAGCAAUUCUUUAAUAUGUGGAAGCUAAUGUCGGAGCACAAAGACGCCGAGCUGAAGGAGGCGGAGAAGGCAAAGCGUGAAGAGCGCGCGGAGGAGAGCAAAGAGCGUACGCAGAGUGAGGCGGUAAAGGCGGCGCAAGAAGCCACAGCGACGACGGGGUGUGAAACAAAAGCAGAGACAAGUAUGGAGAACGCUGCUGGAGCGACGGCUGUGUGCUCAGUUGAGACAGAGAAUAAAGAGGUUGAGGCAGAGGGUGUGACGGUAGAGCAACAAGGCAAGGCGUAUGUGGCGCAGUUGGAACGCGACUCGCUGCCGGAAUGCAGCGACGUUUAGCAGCAGCUGUGGGUGCUGUUCAUUUGCGGUUGUUGAACUGAAAAAUUUACAAAGUUGUUGAAUUUAAACGCCGAAAUGGCGCCUUCAUAUGGCAGCCUAGAAAAGCGGUAAAAACAAAAGAGAUAAAAAACCACUAGUACGUAAGAUUUACUAAUUAACUAUUAUUGCAUAUAGUUACUGUAUAAGAUUUAGUUUUAGUUUAAUAAUUUAAUUUGUUCAAUUAUGUAAGAUUGUUGUAAUCUUAAGCACGGAAUCAAAAAACGCUAAAAGAUGAAAAAUAAUUAACAAAAAAAAUAUGAAAAAAGCUUAUAAAUAAAGCGCUAAGUAGUUUAUAAUGCAUAGCAGAAACACACAAUAAGAAAUUGUAGCAUACUUUCAGGGUUAUAAAAACUGAAAAAAAAAAUUUUUAAUUCAUACAGAUAAACAACAGAUACAUACUCAUUCCUAGAGCAAUUGCAAAUCUUCCUACUGUACCUACGUAAUAAGUAUAGCGCAUACACAUACACACAUAUACAUAUGCAUAAAUACAUACACACAUAUAUAUAUAUAUCUACAUAUUUUAACCAUAGCCGUUAUGCCAAGCAAGAAAAGCAAAGAACAAAAUGUAUAAAAGCCAAACAAAGAAGCGCGUUAACAUUGUUUAUUUACAUACAUAGUAUACAUAAAACGGAACAGAAAUAUAAAUAUUAUUGGUUUUUAUGAGCAUUUGAUUUACAUCACAAUUAAAAAUUUUUAAAGUAAAUUUGAAAAAGAAGAUUGUAAAAAAGUUUUUAUAUUGAAUAAAAGAAAUUU